CUUUCCUUUUCCCCGCGAUGGAGUCGCCGCGCCCAAAGUCAUAAAUACCCACCUCCUCCGCACCAAUCUUUGUCCACUCCUCCCAAGUUCCAAGAAUCCUCCUCGCUUUCCCCGACGCACACAAAGCUAGGACCAUGGCGCCAGCCGGAGGACGCACUACCCAUCUCCUCCUGCUCGCCCUCCUCCUGUCCUUCGUCCUCUCCUCCUCCGCGGACGGGAGCUACCCGGAGCGCCCCGGCCAGGGCGCCGGGGGAUUCUUCAGCGGCAUACCGUGGUUCCGCGGCGGCCAGCCAGGUGGCGCCCGAGGUGCUGGAGGCAUGGGCGCUGGGUUCGGUGGCGGGUGGGGCGCCGGCGGCGUUGGGCCAGGGGGCGGUUUCGCCCGGCGCGGGGUGGUGCAGCCGUCGGUGGUCUGCGCCGAGCAGGGUCCCUGCUACCAGCAGCGGCUCACAUGCCCGUCCAAGUGCUUCAGCUCGUACAGCUACCAUGGGAAAAAUGGCGGAGGAGGUGGUGGCGGCGGUGGGUGCAGCUUCGACUGCACCAGCUGCAAGGCCCACUGCUGAUCGAUCCAACCAACCAACCUACGGCGGGGGAGAUGGGGGACUGGAGAUGGAUCGCUGCGCACUCACAUACACAUCCAGGACGAGACGGCCAUGAACUGAUGAAUUAAGCCCAUUAGUUGUACUUGUAGCAGCAGGAGUAUCCUAUUCCCUAUGCAUGAUGUGAGAGCAUAGGGUACGUGUGUGUAUCUAUGAAUAAAAAUGGAUGUAAUAAACUGAGCGAUGGUUUUGAGGCUUUGAGCGUGCA